UUGCUGCCAGCGGUUCCCGGGGACUCACAGAGGGACGCCUCCGCCCCGCGGUCCCCGCCCCACCCCGCGUCUCCGCCCUGAGGUCCGAGCGACUCCAGCCUAGAGUUGCGCGCCGCGCGCCAGAGCCCAGCGCACCAUGGCCGGGGAGGAGCUGGCGGGGAAGCUGCAGCGCCGCCUGCGGCCCGAGGACGCCGAGGAGCCCAGGGCCGCCCGGGACCCCGCAUCCGCGGCCGGCGCGGACGCCGAGCUGAGCGCGCAGCUGAGCCGCCGCCUGCACCUCGCCGAGGGUGCGGCGCCGCGUCCCCGCUGCCGGGUCUUCAACCCCUACACGGAGUUCCCCGAGCUCAGCCGCCGCCGCCUCAAGGACCUGGAGAGCAUGUUCCAUAGGUACGAUGCUGGACGUGAUGGUUUCAUCGACCUCAUGGAGCUGAAGCUGAUGAUGGAGAAGCUGGGCGCCCCCCAGACACACCUGGGCCUGAAGAGCAUGAUCAAGGAGGUGGACGAGGACUUCGAUGGCAAGCUCAGUUUUCGGGAGUUCCUGCUCAUCUUCCACAAGGCGGCAGCCGGGAAACUGCAGGAAGACAGCGGGCUGCUGGCACUGGCGCAGCUCUCCGAGAUCAAUGUGGCCCUGGAGGGCGUCAGAGGUGCCAAGGACUUCUUUGAGGCUAAGGCCCAGGCCUUGGCGUCUGCCAGCAAGUUCGAGGCCGAGCUAAAGGCUGAGCAGGACGAGCGGAGGAAGGAGGAGGAGGACCGGAGACAGCGCCGGGCCGCCUUCCGCGAGCUCAAGGCUGCCUUCAGCUCCUAGCGCGCCCGCCCAGCCACUGCAUCCGUCCUGGCCAACACCACCCUCCGCCCAGGGCUCCCCAGGCCGGGGCUGUUGUCGCCCCAGCAGCGUCCUGGCGCCGUCCCCUUCUGUGGCCAGGACCUCCUUCCUCAGCGACCUUCACGCCCCCCUCUCUAGUCUCCUCUGCCAGUCUUUUUGGCCACAUGUGCUCCUUUGCUGCCCGUCUUCUCCUGUCUUUUCACUUUCACUCUUGUUUUUUUCCUUUCUUUUUUACACAGGGUCUCCCUAUGCAAUUCAAGCUGGCCUUGAGCUCACUUGUAAGCCCAGGAUAGCCUUGAAUUCAGAGCAGUCCUUCUGCCUCAGCCUCCGGAGUGCUGGGUUUACAGGUGUGUGCCACUACUGCCCCUCUCCAACAGGGGAGCAGCCUCCCUGAGUCCAGCCUCUGUGACCUUCACACACACACACACACACACACACACACACACACACACACACACUCUUCCCCCUUCCCCCCAAUCUUCUUCCUUCUAACUUCUCUGCCCUGCAACCAUUCUAAGAAUGAGGGGUUCAGCAGCCACAGCGCCCUGGAGGAGGGUUCCUGCGGACUCCCAACAGGGCAGUAAUCAAGGUGUUCCCAGCCGACAUACCAGGACCCCCAUCCUGAAGUCACCCCACAGCAUGGAGGUGAGGGUGUUCCCCACCCUAGGACAUGCUUCGUGCCCUGUGAACUGGGGAGUCGCUCAGAGUGACCACGGCUUGCUGUGUUUUCAAGCUUCCUGGUGUCGCAUUUAUUGCUUCUGCCAUCUUUGCAAUAAAAAAGCCCCUGCCCUGCA